CAAAGUACAAGAUCUAAAAUGUUAAUAAAAAUGUGUUUUACAUUUGACUCUGAGUAACUAUUGAUAUGAGUGGGAUUCCCCUCAGGGCAAGGUCAGGGUUGGCAAGCCAGCGUAGUUCAAUGUUGGUGGCUGAGAAAGCUGUGUUCACUGCCCAUCCCCCACACUCACAAGAGGAGCGUUUCUGCUAGCGCUGCUGCCGUUAGGAAAGAGAGACAGACCGAGAGGGGGUGGGUAGCGAAUUAGUGUGAGGGUGCAUUAGUAGUCUCGUUCUGGCUAAGUUUUCCCUGUAAAAUUCUGAGCUAAUAUCAAUUUUAGGCCCCAACUGGGUUUUGAUAUUUAGAACAUGCUAACAUGACCAGAUUGUAGCUGAUUUGUGUGACAACCUUAUUUUUUGUUUCACUUCCUCAUUCAUUCUGGCGACCUCAUCACAUAGUAUGCACUCCGCACACGAUGACACAUCGACACUGGUGAAAUGCUACCCCUCAGUCCUGGCCCAGAGCAGGAGUCUUUCAACCAAACAAUAUUCAUUGAUCGUGGAUACAUCACAAUGAAAUAAUGUAUCUAAUAGUUAUUAUUCACACUUCCAAAUCAUGAAACAUGACCACUCAAUCAUCAGUUGCCUGCUUGACUGUCGCAUGUUGAAUUGUUCAAAAACAGUCGAUAGAAUGGAACAAAGCAACGAUUAAUGUUUUGAGAAUCGUUGCAUUUAAAACCCAAACACCACUUUAUGAAUGCAACCACUCUUGUGCCCUUAUGCAAUGUGAAAAUGAACGAAUCCACUCCGUGUUCCCACCUAGCUCAAAUCCGUACUUUACUUCUGUCUGUACGGCUUAGUAAAAUGGCUGUAUCUCGCGGAGCCUCGUGCUGGUUCGCUCCGUUCCUUGCCUCUAUUCUCGCUCACUAAUAGAACCCCCGGAAUAUAUGUCUGUUUAUGCAUCCCUGAGGUUUAUUAUUACGUGUCCAAUUAUUUUCACAUCGGAAUCAGGAGACAAAACCGGAUUCGGUCCGGUGAAAGGGGUGGGAAUGAGUCGGGACAAGGAUAAAUGGUUAUAAACAAUUAUUUAUAUUCAAUGCUAGCGUUUGAUUGUGACUGACUCGCCGAGAGAGGGGGGUAUUAUGGCCGCUCAGGUCGCCAGCGCCGCCACUCUCAACACAAGUCCGCCUUCCGAACUAAAGAAACCGGAUCGAGACCCAAAUGAGGAUUCUAUACUGGGGGAAAAGCAGCAGGAAAACAAGCAGUCGGGAUUAGAGCGCGGAUCUCCGGGCCGGGGGGAUCUGCAGGACGGGGCCGAUGUUGGAAAUGCAGGGGGAGGAGGGGAACCUGAGAUGAAGAACGGGAACGGGAACCCUUCCAGGACUAAUAAUAAUCAGAAUGAUUCCAUCGGAUCCGAGGGGAAUAACCAUCCCGGGAUGGUACACCACCAUGGGUCCGGUUUUCCUCCACCUUCUUAUGGAUACAGUCAACACUACGGCCGGGCCCCUUUUCAUCAACAUGGCGGACAACAAAGCCCUGGCAUGGCAGCUGCUGCAGGUCCAGCCGUGCCGUCGAGUAAUAUGAUGGACCCAUAUCAACCCAAUUCGCACGACCAUGGCUUUUCUAAUCACCAGUUUAACAAUUACAAUCCAUUCCCGAACAGAACUCCCCAUUCUGGCCAAGGAUACGGCAUGAACCCCUCACGUAAUACCCAGGCUCCGGCAGCUGGGGGACAGCCAGCUAACGUUAAACAGCAACCAGCAGGAGGACCCACAGCAAUGGCUGCAUCUUACAACAACCAGAGAUAUAAUAUGGGGAAUCCACAGCCAACGUCUACCCCAACUCUCAACCAGCUACUAACUUCUCCAAGCUCCACGCGUAUAUAUCCAAAUUACCCAUCUAGUGAAUAUAGUAAUCAGGAAGGCGCUAGUAAGGGACCAACAGACACGGGCAGUAGCGGUCAGUAUGGAGGGGGGAAUCCGGGUUGGCAACAAAGGACCCAUCAUCCGCCGCCUAUGAGCCCUGGAAGUACAGGGCAACCCCUAGGUAGAAGCCAGCCUCCAGGUGCAAUGGAUCCGAUGGCUAAAAUGAGAGGCCAGACGUACGGAGGGGGCAGUCCAUACUCCCAACAACCUGGGCAGGGGCCACCACCAGGAGCCCAGCAAGGUCACGCAUACCCGGGCCAAGGCUACGGUCCCCUUGGCUCCCAGAGAUACCCGGUGGUCAUGCAGGGCCGCACCCCUGGGGCUAUGGGGGGCAUGCAGUACGGGCAGCAGAUGUCGUCUUAUGGGCAGCAGGGACCAGGAGGCUAUGGGCCUCAGGGCCAAGGGCCCUACUACGGCCAACAGGGCCAGGCUUUACACCCAGGCCAGCAGCAAGGGCCCUACCCCCAGGCACCUCUGGGACAGCAGGGUGGUCAGACACCCUACGCUCAGCAGUCCCACCCUCCACAGACGUCAGCCUCACAUGCCCAGGGUGGGCCGCUCUAUCCGCAGCCCCACAUGCCCCCCCAGUCCCAGGGACCGCAGCCAGGUCCAUCCCAAGGGCCCCCGCAGUCUCAGCCGCCCUACUCCCAGGGUCCAGCCCAGGCUCAGGCCCAGUCUGGUCAGCCUCCUUACCCCCAGCAGCAGGGGCCUCCCAGCCAGCCUCCACAGCAGGCUAGCUCCCAGGUCCCAGCAGGGUCGCAGCCCCAGCUUAGCUAUCCACCCACGCAGGGCCCACAGCAGCCCCCCACACAGCAGCAGCAGCAGCAACCCCAGACACCCUCUCAACCCCCUCAGCAACCACCAGGUCACAGCCAGCAUCCACAGGGCCAGCCUGCAUCCUACUCCCAGAAUCCUCCACAACAGCAACAGCAGUCACAGCAAUCACCUUACCAACGCUUCCCUCCUCCACCACAGCAGGAGAUAUCCCAGGACUCGUUCAGUUCCCAGUCUAGCGCCCCUCCCUCCAACCAGCCCAAAAGUGUCUCGGAGGACGUCAGCAUGCAAGGCCAGCCGUCCAGCCUACCGGAUCUCUCAGGCUCCAUCGAUGACCUGCCCACGGGCACGGAUGGCGCUCUGAGUCCUGGCGUGAGCACUUCAGGUGUGUCAAGCAGCCAGGGCGAGCAGAGCAACCUGGCCCAGUCGCCCUUCUCGCCCCACACCUCUCCCCACCUGCCAGGCAUCCGAGGGCCCUCACCGUCACCCGCCGGCUCCCCCGCCAGUGCCACCACCUCCCGCACGGGGCCCCUCUCACCCGCCACAAUGCCAGGGACCCAGAUGCCCCCUAGACCAUCGAGUGUACAGUCUGACGGGAGUCUGCACCCCGCCAUGAGCCAGUCUCCGAUGGCCCAGGAGAGAGGGUUCAUACAGAGAAACCCCCAGAUGCCCCCAUACGGUUCACCACAGUCUGCCUCUCCCCUGUCACCCCGACAGUCCUCUGGAGGCCAGAUGCACCCUGGGAUGGGACCUUAUCAGCAGCAGAACAACUCCAUGGUGGGCUAUGGACCUCAGGGUGGGCAGUAUGGCCCACAAGGUUACCCCCGGCAACCUGGAUACAACAACAUGCCCAAUGCCAACUACCCUGGCAUGGGCAACCCCAUGAACCCUGGCCCUGGCAUGGGCAACCCCAUAAACCCCAUGUCUGGGCAAGGGGUGCUGCCGUACGCAGGCAUCCCCCCUGGUAGAAUGCCUGCGGGCCAGAUGGGAGUGCGUCCCUAUGGCCCUAACAUGGGGCCCAACAUGCCACCCAAUAUGGGUAACAUGCCACCUCAGGUGGGCUCAGGGAUGUGCCCUCCCCCCGGCCUCAACCGAAAGGCCCAGGAGGCUGCAGCUGUAGUCAUGCAACACGCUGCUACCAACUCCAUACACAGCAGGAUGCCUGGCUACCCCAACAUGUCCCCUGGCAUGAUGGGCUCUGGCGCCCCCUAUGGCCCUCCCAUGAACAACAUGCCUGGCAUGAUGAACGCGCAGGGCGGCCCGCCUUUCCCUAUGGGGCCCAACAUGGCCAAUAACUCCAGUGGUUUGGCCCCCAGUCCAGAGUUUGGUAUGGAUGGGAAAAUGAAUCAGGGCCAGAAGAUGAACAACAAAGUGGACGGAACACCGAAAGCAGAACCGACUAAAUCCAAGAAGUCGAGCUCUUCCACGACAACCAACGAGAAGAUCACGCGUCUGUAUGAGCUGGGCCCCGAGCUCGAGAGGAAGAUGUGGGUGGACCGCUACCUGGGCUUUAUUGAGGAGAAAGCCAUGGGCAUGACCAAUCUGCCUGCUGUGGGCCGCAAGCCCCUAGACCUCUUCAGACUCUACGUCUCGGUCAAGGAGAUUGGAGGCUUCGCACAGGUGAACAAGAACAAGAAGUGGCGGGAGCUGUCCACCAACCUGAACGUUGGCACGUCGAGCAGUGCUGCCAGCUCCCUGAAGAAGCAGUACAUCCAGUGUUUGUACGCUUUCGAGUGCAAGAUCGAACGCGGGGAGGACCCCCCUCCUGAGAUCAUCACUGACAACAAGAAGGCCAACCAGGCCAAGGUCCAGCCACCCUCCCCAGCUGGGUCAGGUUCUCUCCAGGGCCCUCAGACCCCCCAGUCCACCAGCAGCUCCAUGGCCGAGGGCAGCGACCUCAAGCCCCCCACACCCGCCUCCACCCCACACCCCACCCAGAUGCCACCCGGGGCCAGGAGCAAUGUGGCGCUGCAGGACCCAUUUGCUGACGGUACUGACCCAGCUUUCCCCAGAAGGAACUCCAACCCUAACUCUGGCUACCAGUCUGGCAUGAGUACCCCAGAGAUGCCAGGUCGCAUGGGUCCAGGGCCCUACGAGGGUCCAGGGCCUAACAAAGACCCUUUGUGGCCAUGCGGAAAGGAAUGGAAGGUGACCCAUGAGUUUGGUUCUGUCAUCCAGUCCCUGCUGAUCGACCCUUCUCCGGCCUCUCACUCCACGGCUCCUUAG